UCCGACCCUUUAUUUGCCAAAGCCGCUCCUCUCUUUUAACUCAUUUAAAUUUUUGAUUCUCUCUCAGAAAAUCACAGGAUGGGGGAUGAAUUGGUUUCUAAUAAUCGGGCAAUCGAUUCUUCAAACAUUGGAUUUCAGUUGCUAAAGAAGUGUGGAUGGAAAGAAGGCACAGGUCUCGGAACUUCAGAGCAGGGUAGGCUGGAGCCUGUUGAAACACAUGUAAAGAAAAAUAAACGUGGUCUCGGUGCGGACAAGGUAAAGCAGUCAACUAAUCAACAUCCUGGAGUUGCAAAAAAUACAGGGGAAAAGAAAAGUAAAAAAUUCAAGGCCUUGUCAAAAAGGAUGAGGAAGCUGCAGGAAGAAGAGGCACGUUUGCAAGAGAAGCAGUUUGUGAGAGAAUUUUUUAUGGAGUUCUGGUCUGAUAAUGUUUAACCUUGAGUUCCAUCUGUCACACCUUGCACAACAAGUUUCUUACAAUUGGGUGAUAUGUUCCUCUAGAGACAUCUAAACAGUGGUAUAUAUGGUUGGCUUAUCGUUCUUGCGGGGGAGGAGGAAAUGAUUCAAUGCCUUCUGUUCAGGAUACCUUUGUUUCCGUUGAUGACAAGCUCUCUCUGCACAGUUCAGGAUACCUUUGUUUCUGUUGUGAUUGUUAUCAUCCCAUUUUUUUCUCACUGAGUUGGAAAGAAGCAUGGUACCAUAGGGGUUGAGUCUUGUUUGAACAAACCCUGCAGAGUUACAUCAUUUGUGCUGUUUAUACGAAGUUGAGUGAAGUAAACAAUCAAAAUAAAGUAAAACUAGAAAUAAAGACAGGUGGAAAGUGUGGUGUGAGCUUAACAUUUUGAGACAAGAAGCUGUUAAUCUUUAUUUGCCA